AUGAAGGGGUGGGUAGACAAAGGCUAUGAUAUCAGCAUAGGGGGCCAAGGUGCUUGCAAAGACGUUUUUCCAGAAGAGCGGAGAAGCAAGGUUGAAGCGAGCGAGGUGUUUAUCAGCAUUCCCGACCCAAGAGAAUGGGACGCAUAUGUGGACACGUUGCGAGAAGAAAAGCUGAGGGCGCUCGGAGUGAUACCUGACGAUGGUCCAUUAACACACUCAGGGUCCGGAGGAGAAACGCCUUUGUCUCUUAUGCAGAGUCCCGCACAACAUGCCAUGAAUAUGUUCUCCCCGCCAUCACUGACCGCAUCAGCAAUGAGCAAUCCUCAUUCGAUGCAUCCGCAUGGGCCUUUCAAUCCAUUUUCUCCCAUAUCGAUCCCGGCGAACGGCACCCCCGUGCCAUCACUGAUGUCGCCUGGUGGUCAACCAGCUCAUCUUGCGUUCCACCUGCCCCGCCAGUCAAUAUCGGCAACCCCGUCGAACCAAAACGAUUGGGACCCGUACUCGGGGAUGUAUACCCCUCCAAUCCAGCAGCAUACUCCCCCGAAUAUGAACGGAUCUGGCGGCUGGGCUCCUUUUACUAUGCGCAACGGCUCUCCCGGAAUGAUGAAUAUGCCAAUGCACGGCCAUUCGGGCAGCCAGUUUAACCUCGGAGGAUACCCUAUGCCAAUGGAGAGCCCAAUGGGGGAUCCUUAUGUUCCCCACCACGGGCUCGUUGGCCAGGAGCGCUUCCAUCACCAACAGAUGCGUCGUGGUUCGCCAUUGGCGCAUGUUAGACACCCGGUCCAGCCAGAGCCAGCACCAGAAGCGCCAUUGUACCCAGGACUCGCAAUCAUCGAUGCUCCUGUACCUAAGCAUCGCCAUCAGCUCAGCGUCACACUUCAAAAAGAGUUCGAGAACACCGAGGCUUACCAGCUAGAAGAGGCAAGGCGGGCAAAAGAAGGCAUCAAAGAGCCCGAAGCCGAUGGGUUUGCGACAAAUCCCGUUUCACCAGUGCCAGUUCAAUUUCCCCCACAACCGGACAUGCCGAACGUCGAGAUGGAUGUGCACAAUGGACCCGAGCUGGCUUCGAAUCCUGAUGACGAUGUGAUGUCUGACGUUGAGGCGGAGAAGCAGAAUAACAUCCACGAAGCUCAUGUCCGCGGCGGCAGUGUCGAGUACCCGCAGGGCCCCUACAAUGUCGAUUUGGCUCCCCUGCAUCCGUCAUAUGUACCCCAGACACAGUUCCCCGUUCCACACAGCCGCGAGCAGUCGCUUUCUCAGAUGCAGCACGAGCAUGAGACUAUAGAUCCCAUUCAGAACUCCGCAAUGUCGAUGAUGAUGAUAGGCGAGGGCAUGGGUGGUGGAAAUCGCAACCCGGUGGCAGCCAUUCACGACGAACUCCUCAGCGAGGAUGGCCGGACCAACAUCUCGGAUAUCGUCACCAACCCUAGCGAGCCCUCAAGUCCUGAGCGUAGGUUCUCGAACACAGCCAGCCACGCACACCAUAUGUCAAACACCAGUGCUACGUGGACUGCAGACCAUACCAAGAAUGCCUUGUCGAAUUCGUCGGCCACGAAGCCAAAAUUCAACGUCAACGCAGCCGAGUUCAAAUUUGAGCCUUCCUUCAAUUUUGUUCCCAAGGGCAAUGCAUUCACCCCUACAAGUCAGAUGGCCCCGGUCACCUCUCCAGAGAGUCAUACCAGGGAUCACAGCUCUGGCUCAACCGGUGGUUUCGGUGGUUUCGGCGCCGGAUCAAACGCCAGUACCUUCCGUCCGAGCUUGGGUAACACUAGUGCCUACGCCUCGAUCUUCGAGAAAGGCGCCGCUGCAUUCAGCCCCAAUGCUCCGGAGUUCACACCGUCUUUCGCACAGGCCACGCCGCCGGCACUGCCGCCGGCGUCGCCGCCUCACCAAGCUGCUGAACCUAUAUUCACCGAAGUCGUUCGACAGCCUCCUAUGAAGAAGGCCAUUCCCAUUGUCCGACCACCCAGUCGCGAGUCGGAGGCUGGAGAUGAUAGGAGGGAUAGUAUAUCAACAGAGAGCCGCAAGAGGGUCAAGCAUGAGCCUACCAAGAGUAUUGUUAAUGAAACCGAGGACUCUUUCGCCGAGUCUUUGUCGCCGCUAUCACAGAAUGAUAUGGACAACAUGGUCGAACUUGCAGAGCUGGAAGACCUAGAGGAACCUUCCGACCAUGACAGCGAGAGCGAAAAUGAAGAUGACCUGGACGACGAGGAUGAUGAAGGUGAACAGCUAAUGAAGGCACCCCUGGAGGAAGUUUUGGGAUCCUUCACGCCCUUCGAGUUCCGGAGCACGAAUGAUGCCGAAUCGUUUGCCAACGCUACGCCUAUGAAUGAUUAUGAGCGCCCCGUCCCGAGGUCAAAUGGCCCCGAGCGUGAGAUUCUUUCGCCUGAUGAGGCGUACAUCGCUAUCACCGCUCAGACUCCAUCGCCAUCGCCUUCACCGCAGCCUUUCAAGUUCUCCGCUAGCCCAUCACUCAAACCGACUGGCCAAGAUUUCAACUUCGAGUUCCCUUCGGCAGCCACACCCCCCAAGAAGUCGUAUGGUAUCGUCGAGUCCCGAUAUGCGCAUACGCCGUCGCCUCCUCCUUCCGAGCCAGCGCCCUCUCCACCUAUGCCCAACAGUCCGUUCUUGCCGCCCAGACCCGCAACACCAUAUACUGGAGAUGUUGAUCCGGAGAAAACGGAAGUCGACAGACCAAUGCCAACUGACGCAGAGUUGAACGAGGUCAUCCAAUACAUGGACGAGACUAAUGUCGUCUACCUCGAGCAACCCUCCGAACAAUCGGAAGACGAUGAGGAUGCAGAGGGUGAGGAAGUUAGCGACGAGGAUGCUAGUCACCAAGGCACCAUCUCCUGGCAACGAAAUGCCAACACCAGCAGGCCUUUCAUGCCAAUGUCCGAUGAGCAGACCCCGAUAAAGCAGAGUAAACGCCUUCACAGUGCUGGACCUAGUCCGAGUCCGCGUCGUGCCGACAUUACGUACCGUCACCGUGCCUCCUCAUUCUCCCCCGACGAGCCAAUUCCGGCUCACGCACUCGGUGGCAAUCCCUCUGCCCCUCCCCAAGAAAUCAGAGCCGCAGACAGUGAUUGGGAUGAUAUGCUCUCGGAUGAACACGGUGGAAAGCUGCGCCCGCAAAGCCGUUUGUUCUUUGACGCACACGUCGAGGAACUCGUGGGUGGACUGUUCCAGCGCAGACUCGACCCAGUCAUCAGUGCUCUUGCGACUAUCAAUGAUACACUGACCGCAAUGUCCGCCUUCAGCUCGACUAGGAGUCUCGGCGAGUACGCUACUAGUGACGCCGACGACGAGGAAGAAGACGAUACCGAGGAUCUCGUGCCGCAUAAAACUCCGCGGGAUAGAAAACUUCAGAAGAUCAAGGCGGCGUUGUCCGAGGUGUUGUUGGCUCAGCGGAGUGGAGGUGCAAUCUCCGAGCAGAAUCUUGAGGCGAUCAAGGAUGCGGUUGUUAAUAGCAGCAUUCAAAGCCAUGACUUUGCUGAGGUCAAGUCUGCCAUUGCCGACAUGCUUGAAAAGGCUGCCGGCCACGAGGACUUGUCCGAGGUGAAGACUACCCUGGGGGAUAUUGCCGCAAGGGUUGCACAAAGCGCCGAAUUGGUCGACCUUAAAGCCACCGUUUCCGCGGCUGCUCGGGAAACCGCUCAGGCUUGCGCCACGGCCCUGCAGGGUACCGCUAAAUCCCAGGAUAUGGCUGCUGUCAGGGAGAGUGUGGUGACGCUGAGAGAUACUGUUCGCGAUGCCGUUGAUGAAAUCGUGACCAAUGUUAGCGACAGGGUUGACGAUACGAAGUUCGCGCUUCAGGACGUCCUGAUGCGAGCCGCUCAACGCAGCGAUAUUGCAGAAGUCAAGGCCGCCAUCGCCAACUCGAUGAACAACGCUGCUCGGAAGGAAGACCUUAUUCCUCUACACAACGUUCUUGCCGAAACAUUCUCGAAAUCUGCAAAGACGGAUGAACUCGUCGAGUUGAACCGUAUCUUGGUCGAGAUCAUGAACACUGUGACAAGCAAUGACAUUGGGCCGACACAUCUCGAGAUUCUUCGCCUCAAGCAGGAGAACGAUCAGUUUGGCCCUCUGCUGCAUGAGGUGCUUCGGCUCACUCAGGACUUCUCGGCAAACAUGGAGUUCCACCAGGAGGCCCAGCAGGAAACCGCCAAGGAGGGUCAAGCCACGCUCUCUACCCGUAUCAGCGAGGUCUACUCUGCCGUACGGGAGAUGACAACGUUCGUUCAAUCCAGUGCUUCCAAGGGUGACAUGCGCCGCAACCUUGCGGAGCAAGGACAGAAGGAGGAUGCCGCAAUAAUUAAGAUGUCAAUCGCAGAGACCAAACUGCACAUCCAGGAGCUCGCAAGGGUGCAGCCCACUCUCGAGGAUUUCCACUCGGUUGUUGAUAAGGUCACCACCAAUCAACCAAAGAUUGACGAAUUCAAGUCAGCAAUGGCGGAAGCCGUUGCUGCUACAGUCCCGGGCUUGGACGAUAUCAAGAAAAGUCUUCGAGACAUCAUCAAAGAAGACCCUACUGGAGUUGCAGAAUUUAAGAGGGCGGCCGAGGAGGACCGGCAGCGCAAUGUGGAGGAGUUCCGGACGGUGGUCAACCAGGCUUCUUUGAACAACCCUUGGUCUCAACCAUCUCUGGAUGAUUUCCGGGCCCUCAUGGAAGAUGUCAUUUCCAAGCAGCAGAUGUUUAUUCCCCUCAACUUUGACAGCCCCGAGGACAGCGAUUCCAAGGAGAAUUUGAAGUUGAAGAUUGAGGCCUUGGAGAGGGAUGUUGCGCUCUUCCAGAAGCGUGGUGACGAGGAGGUGGAGAGGAAGCGACAGUGGCAGGAGAAGACGAUUGAGCUGGAGACGAAACUCAAGCUUGCCGAGGAAGAGGCAGCCAAGCACCGUGAGGUGGCCGAAGAGAAGGACCGUCGUCUGAAAGCCUCCGACGAGAAACGACACCAGACGCUCACAUCGGCCCAGAUGCGGAGUGCACUGCUCGAGGGUGCACACUCAUCCCUUCAAAAGUCCAACGGUGAGCUCGCGGCAAAGAAUGCUGAGCUCGAGGGAGCUAUGCGGGAAGCACAGACGAGUGAGGAGAAGCACCGAGGAUGGAAUCUGCAGUUGGAGAACGAGAAUAAGGAGCUGAGGAGAGCCAUCGAAGCCCUGAAGUCAGAAACGGAGGAAAGUAUCAAAGUCCGAGAAUCCUUCCGUUCGAAGUUUGACAGAGUUCAGGAGGACAUGCGUCGCCUGUCAUUGGAAAUCGGACAAGAGCAGGGCAAAUGGAGAAAGACCCAGGAGGAGCAGAAAGCUCGAACCGAAGUCCUCGAAGCAAAACUGGCCGCCGAGAUAAGCAGAAGCCAGGGGCUCGAGGGAGAGGUCCGGCGACUUGAGGUCGAGGAGAAGGAAUCCAUUCGACUCAGGAUCGAGACCGAACAACUGCACAGGGCCACUGUCAAGGCCGAGGAACUAAUUACCGAGCUGAGACACGAAUCCAUCGAGAAUCAAUCCCGCAUUGCUCAGCUCACCCAUGAGGUUGCCCAAGCCCGCGAAUCUGCCGGAGAUGAGGUGAGCAGGGUUAGGUCAACUCUCUACCAAGAGAUGGAUGUUGUCAAUGUCGAGUUGUCUUCCGUCCGGAAAGCUUUGGAGACGGAGGUUGAGAAGGGUCGGGCUGAGAAGGAGAGGUUGGAGCGCCUAUUGGAAGAAACACAAAUUUCCAACGCAGCUGCACUCCAACAGGUCGUGCAAGAGAAGGCUAAGGCCCUGGAGGAGGCGGCAGAGUCUAAGGCGGCAGCACUCGAGGACCAGCAUCGUAAGAACGAACGUCAGCUUGAUGAUGAACGGAGCCAACACGAACGGGCGUACCGCAUCGUCACAGAAGACGCUGAGCGUGAUCAAUACUUCCUGCAAGAGCGACUCACCAUUGCUCAAUCCGAGACCAAGAACCUCCGCGACCACAUCAACAGCUUGCAGAUCCAGGUCAGGACGCUCAACGAGAACUUCAAGAUCGCCAAUGUUGCUGCUCAAGCGGCCGCCCAGGCUGCAACUACGGUUAGAGAGAUGACAGCACCAAAUGUUUCCGACGAGCGUGCUCUUCGCGAGUCGGUACAUGUCCUCCAGAACCAACUCCAGCAACGCGAGACUCGCAUCGACCAGCUAGAAAGCGAGCUUGCUGAUGUCAACAUCAACAGCUCGAAGCUGAAGGAGAUCGAGGGUCAGCUCAACAUGUACCGUGAACUGCUCGACCUCCGCAUUGACGACCUCGAGGAGAUUAUCCACACGUGCAACCUCCCGCAUCUCGACCGGGGCAGCCUUCGGGAUGCCGCCACGCGGCUAAGGGCGAGCUUGGAGAUGCAGCUUCAUGAGAAAGAGCGUGCCAUGGGCAUUACCAAGCCCGAAGAAGAAAAUACGUUGGCUAGUGUUUCGCAUGCUGCCGCGAAGCUUCCCGGCGUAGCUUCGGCUGCCUGGCAGACGUGGAAGAAUCGGGGAAGGACCUCUGGUGAUGUCACGCCUAGGGACACACCGCCUUCGUCAGUACCUUCUCGACCAACAUCCGCCGCUAGUGGGUUCUUGAACGGUAUCCUGGCUCCUCCCAGUAAUACCCUGACCGGAGCUCGAAGGUUUGGUGCUGGGUUCGGCCGCAGCAACGCACCUGCCGAUGUCCCUUCAGCAACACCGAGGGCUCCGCCGACUGUGAGAGCGAUGGAAAAGCGGUCCACUCCCUACACCGGUCGACGACCAAUAGGUUCUUCGCCAGGACCAUCAAAUGCACUCUUUCGCAAGGACAACUACGAUGCGGACGCGGACAGUAGCGUGUUGAGCGGAGAGUUCUACGACGACGAUGGGGACAAUGCUACCGAGACUGGAGACGACCACGGUGAUAUGGAACCCUUCGGAAUGAGCCCGUACACGCGGCAUUGA